GUUAUGCAUCCCUAACUUUCUUCUUCCUCCGUCCAUAUCACGUGUAACUACAUUUUGCUGGGACGUCCAAGGCAAAAACAAAAAUAUUCAAAGAAUAUCCAAAUAAAUCCAAAAUGGCCGAUUUCUCAGUGGAACGCGUCGAGGACAAGCGGAUGGUCAACGGGCGCACGGAAUACUUCCUCAAGUGGAAUGGAUAUCCGCGCAGCGAGAACACAUGGGAGCCGGCGGAGAAUCUCGACUGCCAGGACCUGAUAGCCAACUUCGAGGAGUCGCUGCAAAACAGCAAGGAGACCAAGAAACGCAUGUCCAUCUCCUCCACGCCUGGACCCAUCCGCAGCAAGCUCAAGAGCUUCCUGGAGGACGACACCAAGAAGGAGAAGAAACUGCAUGGCUUCGACCGCGGCUUGGAGCCAGCAAAGAUCCUGGGCGUAACCGACUCCAACGGCCAACUUAUCUUCCUGAUUAAGUGGAAGGGCUGCGACCACGCGGACCUGGUGCCCGCCAAGCUGGCCAAUAUCCGCUGUCCCCAGUUGGUCAUCCAGUUCUACGAGGAGCGCCUCAUCUGGCACACGGGCAGCGACAAUGGCAACGGCAACUCCGGCAAUCUGGCCUCUUACGGGGAACUGGGAUCUGCUGGCGCCGGCUGUGGGGGGCCCACCAACGGCGGCGACGACGAGAAGGAGAAACCACAACCGGCCAGCCCCGCCGUCAGCGUCAAUCAGGACAAGAACGCCAUGCCGGAGGAGAACAGUGAGUUGAACAACGGCCAGCCGAAGGACGAUGAGUAGUUGCAGUCCCGCAUGCGAUAUUUUAUAUAAUAUAUUAAUAUCUAUGAAAUUAAAUCUGACCUUCCAAAUUUUGACUCCCCUAAUAAUUUAAGGAGCGCAAAUCUUGCAAUGGGAAAUACGAUUUCCUGGUCUUAAACGUUUCCAUAUCUGUAAGUUGCAAAAGAACGAAAGGGGACUGGAAUUUAUAAGAAAAAAAGUAUACUUAUACUGACA